CAUAUCAAAGUGUUAACUCUAAACAAGCUAAACAAAAUGAAUUAGAUAAUCAAGAUGAAUCGGAUGAAGAAAACAAUUUUAGAGAAGGUACUAAAACUAAUAUAUCAGAUACAAUGGCAUGGGAAAGUCAAUUACAAAAGUAG